AACCAGCGCUGAAAGGUCUCCGUGUUCAUGUUACUAUAAGGAGCUCCGAGAGGUUUUGGACAACACAUGGUUUCAUUUUACCGCUUCAUGACCGCCUGGGUUAGCCUAUACUGUAUCUGUCAUAGCCAGGCUAUCGUUAGUGUGUUCCGUCGAAGACGCGCAUCGGGAGACCAAGCCUCCUUUCACUUGUUGUAGGCGGCUUUUCUCACAAGUGGAUCAACGCAUAACCAUUUCCUCCAAACGAUGCGUAAAAGUAGCCUAAACCCAAAACAUCUGGAACUUGACACAGCAGUGUUACUGGACUGAGUGUGAUACAUAGACCAGAUUGUAUACCAUGCGAGGCUCUGGACAAAAUCCCCACUUUCUCCGGAGAUAGCAACGCUGUUAUUUCUUAAACUCCUGGAACGUCUGGACGAGGACGCCGCGGCGGUGUGAGAGAGAAAACCAUGCUGCUGCCGGGCAACGAAACGGGCUACGUCUGGACCGAGUUAUUAUUAAACACCGGCAACCUGACGGCGUGUGCCGGUGAAGAAGACCACGGUGGUCCGGAGGCGGUGAUUGUUCCGGUGAUUUUUGGAUGUAUAUUUUUCCUGGGUGUCGUCGGGAACUCUCUAGUGAUGAUAGUAAUAGGGAAAAUCAAGGCCCGGCGCAACAGAAGUACGACAAACAUUUUCAUCCUCAAUUUAAGUAUAGCGGAUCUAUUAUUUUUGCUAUUUUGUGUCCCGUUCCAGGCUACUAUAUACUCCCUACCUGAGUGGAUAUUUGGAGCCUUUUUAUGUAAAUGUGUUCACUAUUUAGUGAUGGUGUGUAUGCUGGUGAGCAUCUUCACGCUUGUUGCCAUGUCGGUGGACAGGUACAUAGCUGUUGUACACUCCAAAAAGUCCCCCUGCAUUCGCAACAGGAGGAAUGCCCUCAUAGGGGUCUGUGUUAUUUGGGCACUAUCGUUCAUAUUCUCUAUACCAGUGGCGCAACACCAGAUACUUACUGACCACCCGGAAGCGCCGAACAGUUCGUUCUGCUGGGAAGCGUGGUACGCAAGCGCUUCCAAACACACCUACAAAGUCACUAUUUUAGUCAUUGGCUAUCUGUUACCGUUGGGCUUGAUCAUAUGCUGCUAUGCGAAGGUGUUAUUCCAUCUCCACAAGAAGAUGAAGAAUAUGUCCAAGAAAUCAGAACGCUCAAAAAGAAAGACAGCCCAGACGGUCCUCCUGGUGGUCGCAGCCUUCCUGACCUGUUGGAUGCCUCAUCACAUCAUCGCCAUGUGGGUGGAGUUUGGAGUGUUCCCGCUCAACGACGCCUCCUUCGCGCUACGCAUCAUCUCCCACUGCCUGGCGUACGGGAACUCCUGCAUCAACCCCAUCCUGUACGCCUUUUUGUCAGAGAACUUCCGGAAGGCCUGUCGCCAGGUGUUCACCUGCCGGUUCCUCUACCCUCCACCCCCACAGGAGAAGGUGGUGCGCAUCCGCAUGGAGAACUUCUCAACUACACACUCUAUUACCACUAAUAUCUGACACCACACACUUUAUUACCACUAAUAUCUGACACCACACACUCUAUUACCACUAAUAUCUGACACCACACAUUCUAUUACCACUCAUAUCUGGCACCACACUCUAUAACCACUAAUAUCUGACACAACACAUUCUAUUACCACUAAAAUCUGACACCACACCACACACUCUAUUACCACUAACAUCUGACACCACACACUCUAUUACCACUAAUAUCUGACACCACACAUUCUAUUGCCACUAAUAUCUGACACCACACAUUCUAUUGCCACUAAUAUCUGACACCACACACUCUAUUACCACUAACAUCUGACACCACACAUUAUAUUACCACUAAAAUCUGACACCACACAUUUUAUUACCACUCAAAUCUGACACCACACACUCAAUUACCACUCCAAUCUGACACCACACACUCUAUUACCACUCAUAUCUGACACCACACAUUCUAUUACCACUAAUAUCUGACACCACACACUCUAUUACCACUCAUUUCUGACACCACACAUUCUACUACCACUAAAAUCUGACACCACACAUUUUAUUACCACUAAUAUCUGACACCAAACACUCUAUUACCACUAAUAUCUGACACCACACAUUCUAUUACCACUAAUAUCUGACACCACACACUCUAUUACCACUAACAUCUGACACCACACUCUAUUACCACUCUAAUCUUACACCAUACAUUCUAUUACCACUCUAAUCUGACACCACAUACUCUAUUACCACUCAAAUCUGACACCACACAUUCUAUUACCACUAAUAUCUGACACCACACAUUCUAUUACCACUAACAACUGACACCACACAUUCUAUUACCACUAACAUCUGACACCACAUAUUCUAUUACCACUAACAUCUGACACCACACAUUCUAUUACCACUAAUAUUUGACACCACACAUUCUAUUACCACUAAUAUCUGACACCACACAUUCUAUUACCACCCAUAUCUGGCACCACACACUCUAUUACCACUCAAAUCUGACACCACACCACACACUCUAUUACCACUAAUAUCUGCCACCACACACCAUAUUACCACUAAUAUCUGACACCACACACCCUAUUAACACUCCUAUCUGACACCACACACUCUAUUACCACUAAUAUCUGACACCACAUACUCUAUUUCCACUAUAUCUGACACCACACAUUCUAUUACCACUAAUAUCUGCCACCACUCAUUAUAUUACCACUCAAAUCUGACACCACACCACGCACUCUAUUACCACUAAUAUCUGACACCACACCACACAUUCUAUUACCUCUAAUAUCUGCCACCACACAUUCUAUUACCACUCAAAUCUGACACCACACAUUAUAUUACCACUAACAUCUGACACCACUCCACAAAACUGGGACAAGACUGGGACUGGGACAAGACUGGGACUGGGACAACACUGGGGCUGGGACAAGACUGGGACAAGACUGAGACUGGGCCAAGACUGGGACAAGACUGAGACUGGGACAAGACUGGGACAAGACUGGGACUGGAACAAGACUGGGACAAGACUGAAACUGGGACAAGACUGGGGCUGGGACAAGACUGGGACUGGGACAAGACUGGGACUGGGGCAAGACUGGGACUGGGACAAGACUGGGGCUGGGACAAGACCGGGACUGGGACAAGACUGGGACUGGGACAAGACUGGGACUGAGGGUGUGACUGGUGGGACUGGGACUAGACUGGGGCUGGGACAAGACCGGGACUGGGACAAGACUGGGACUGAGGGUGUGACUGGGACUGGGACUGAGACAAGACUGGGACUAGGACAAGACUGGGACUGGGACAAGACUGGGACUGGGACAAGACUGGGACUGAGGGUGUGACUGGGACUGAGGGUGUGACUGGGACUGGGGCCUGGGGAUGGGACAGGGACACGACUGGGACUGGGACAAGACUGGGACUGGGGGUGUGACUGGGACUGGGACUGGGACAAGACUGGGACACGACUGGGACUGGGGAUAUGACUGGGACUGGGGGUGUGACUGGGACUGGGGAUAUGACUGGGGCUGGGACAAGACUGGGACUGGGACAAGACUGGGACUGGGGCAAGACUGGGACUGGGACAAGACUGGGGCUGGGACAAGACCGGGACUGGGACAAGACUGGGACAGGGACAAGACUGGGACUGAGGGUGUGACUGGGACAAGACUGGGGCUGGGACAAGACCGGGACUGGGACAAGACUGGGACUGAGGGUGUGACUGGGACUGGGACAAGACUGGGACUGAGACAAGACUGGGACUAGGACAAGACUGGGACUGGGACAAGACUGGGACUGGGACAAGACUGGGACUGAGGGUGUGACUGGGACUGAGGGUGUGACUGGGACUGGGGCCUGGGGAUGGGACAGGGACACGACUGGGACUGGGACAAGACUGGGACUGGGGGUGUGACUGGGACUGGGACAAGACUGGGACACGACUGGGACUGGGGAUAUGACUGGGACUGGGGGUGUGACUGGGACUGGGGAUAUGACUGGGACUGGGACAAGACUGGGACAGGGACACGACUGGGACUGGGGAUAUGACUGGGACUGGGGGUGUGACUGGGACUGGGGAUAUGACUGGGAUUGGGGGUGUGACUGGGACUGUGGAUAUGACUGGGACUGUGACUGGGGGUGUGACUGGGACUGGGGAUAUGACUGUGACUGGGGAUAUGACUGGGACUGGGGGUGUGACUGGGACUGGGGAUAUGACUGGGACUGUGACUGGUGGUGUGACUGAGACUGGGGAUAUGACUGGGACUGGGGGUGUGACUGGGACUGGGGAUAUGACUGGGACUGUGACUGGGGGUGUGACUGGGACUGAGGGUGUGACUGUGACUGGGGGUGUGACUGACUGGGACAAGACUGGGACUGGGACAAGACUGGGACUGGGGAUGGGACAAGACUGGGACUGGGACUGGG